CUUAGGUUGAAGAGGAUUGUAUUUGGGAGCUCAAAGGGAAAAAAAAAGGGGGGGGGAACCCCAGAGAGGGAGGGGUAUAUCAUAUAUGUAGAUAAAGGUUUCUAGGCUCGGUUUGGGGGGUAUUGGUCUUUUUUUUUUUUUUUUUUUUUUGAUGGAUAGACUUCGAAGUAUCUCAAGCUGUUCUCCUGUGUCCAACACGGCCCUUUGCAGAUCUCCUUGAUAUUUUUCCCCCCUUCAAUUAUUAGCACUAUUACCAUUAUUUUCUUUUUAGCUAUUACAAGACUUUUUUUUAUUUCCAGAUGUUAGUCCACACCUAUUCCGCCAUGGACCGGCAUGAUGGAGUGCCCAGCCACAGUUCCAGGUUGUCCCAGCUGGGAUCCGUCUCCCAGGGACCCUACUCCAGCGCUCCUCCGCUUUCUCACACCCCAUCCUCGGAUUUCCAGCCGCCUUACUUCCCACCCCCUUACCAGCCUCUUCCUUACCACCAAAGCCAGGACCCUUACUCCCAUGUGAAUGACCCCUACUCUCUAAACCCCCUGCAUCAACCCCAGCAGCAUCCCUGGGGCCAGAGGCAGAGGCAAGAGGUGGGAUCGGAGACAGGGUCACUGCUGCCGCAGCCUCGGGCCGCCCUGCCACAGCUCUCAGGCUUGGAUCCCAGGAGGGACUACCACUCCGUGAGGAGGCCAGAUGUCCUGCUCCACUCAGCUCACCAUGGCCUUGACUCCGGGAUGGGGGACAGCCUUGCCCUGCACGGCAUCGGGCACCCGGGGAUGGAGGAGGUCCAGUCAGUUGAAGAUGCCAAUAACAGCGGUAUGAACUUAUUGGACCAGUCUGUCAUUAAAAAAGAAAGGCGCUGUCCGUUGUACAAAAGGCAUCGGGGGGCUCUGGGUGAGACACAGGCUCAAACCCGAAAGUUGCCAGUUCCUGUUCCUCCAAAAUCUGUUACUUCUUUGAUGAUGAACAAAGAUGGCUUCCUGGGUGGAAUUUCAGUCAAUACUGGAGAGGUGUUUUGCUCUGUACCUGGCCGCUUGUCCUUGCUUAGUUCAACUUCAAAGUAUAAAGUAACUGUAGGAGAAGUUCAAAGACGCCUUUCUCCUCCAGAGUGUCUGAAUGCAUCCCUUCUAGGAGGAGUACUUAGAAGAGCCAAAUCGAAAAACGGGGGGAGAUCUUUGCGAGAAAGGCUAGAAAAAAUCGGUUUGAAUUUACCAGCCGGCAGGCGUAAGGCUGCAAAUGUCACUUUACUCACCUCUCUGGUGGAAGGUGAGGCCGUUCAUUUAGCCCGGGAUUUUGGGUACAUCUGCGAAACGGAGUUCCCAGCCAAAGCUGUUUCUGAGUACUUGAACAGACAGCACACGGACCCCAGCGACCUCCACUCCAGGAAAAACAUGCUGCUUGCUACAAAGCAACUUUGUAAAGAAUUUACAGAUCUCUUGGCCCAGGACAGGACACCCAUUGGAAACAGCCGGCCCACCCCUAUAUUGGAACCAGGCAUUCAGAGCUGCUUGACUCACUUCAGUCUCAUCACUCAUGGCUUUGGGGCUCCCGCUAUCUGCGCUGCCCUCACAGCCCUUCAAAACUACCUGACUGAAGCUCUCAAAGGCAUGGACAAGAUGUUCUUGAACAACAACACUGCUAACAGGCACACAUCUGGCGAAGGACCAGGUAGUAAAACUGGAGACAAGGAAGAGAAACACAGAAAAUGAGAGAAAGGGAGAGGAAAAAAAUAAAAAGAAAGAAAGAAAGAAAGGAAAAGGAAAAAGUCAAAUUAAAAAAAAAAAGGAGAAAAGAGAGAUAAUCUUUUAAAACAAAACCGUCUUAAUUUUAGCUUUAAAAAUACUGGAUUGGGUUUUGGAAGAAUUCUAUUAGGUAGGACAAAAUAAUAAUAAUAAUACAAAAUAAUAAUAAUUAAAGAAAGACAAUAAUUUAAGAUCAGAGGAGCACAAUGGCGCAAGACCAGUGGUUCAGAAUCUCUUGCCAGGAAUAUGUGAAGACAACUACCAGGAUUUUUUCCCCACUUCUGUUCUUUUAUAGUUUUUAAAUAACGAUUUUGGGGGAGGGAAAUAUAAUAAUAACUAAUAAUAAUAAUAAAAGAAAGAAAUGAAUAACUUAUUGGAAGAAAUUGGAGAAACAUUUUUGGUGUCAGUGCUUUGAUUUCUUGAGCUACACGGUCUGUCUUGCUAUUACUUUUAUUUUAUUCUUUUUUGUUGCUGUUGUUGUUUUUCUGAACAACAUCUUGUCUCCACCCUACCUAACAUGUUCUUCCAGAUCAUUCCUUUCUGAGAAAACCCAUCGUUUCAUUCCCCUCAGCUCUUCCCAUCUCAUCUCACUGCCCUGGUUCUGUCUAGACUAGGAAAGGAGGGAAGGUGAGCACACAGACCUCUCACGAAGCCAUCCACCCCAGCCAGUUCGAGCUGCAUUCAUGGCAGCAUCUUAAUGUUAGAUGUCAUUAGAUGGGACAUUUCAAGUCAUUAUAGCUUACUGGAAUUAUCUAACUCUAUUUUCCAAGAACUUUUUUCUUUUUCCUGGUCUAGACAGACUCUCUGUUUAGAUUGCCAGCGUUUACAGGUGUGUAUGGGUGCAUGUGUACCUAUGUGUGUACAUAUGCAUAUGCACACACAUAAGUUGGUAGGGAUGCGUGUGUAUCCUGUGUAUGUUUGUAUAUAUAUGGAUAUAUAUGGGUAUAUACAUAUAUAAUGUGUGUAUAGCCACACAUAUUCAUGCAUGCAAACAUACCUUUGUAACAUAGUACUUGUGUAUGAUGAUAAAAUGCUUUGUCUAUAAUGGGCUGCAGAAUUUGAAAUUAAGGUCAGCUCUAUCUGAUUUCUUAAUUUUCUGAGAUCUCCUCUUUUUCUCUAGGGAGUUUUAUAUUCCUAAUUAUGCCAAUGUUUCAGUCCUUAAUUUCCUUGAGUACUGUGUGUGAGAGAUAUCUUCCACCCAUUUUUAAAGAACUGUUAACAACAACAAAA